GUGGUGUUCAGGCACUCUGCAGCAAGCAUUCCUAUGAGCCACAUUGAUUCUACCAGUUAAUUCUAGUUCUGCUGCAUGGAGCAAACACUCGCGAAAUAACAGCGACACUCAGAUUUGACUCAAGGGUGUGAGGAUGAAAGUGCUGCUGCUUUUGUUGCUGAUGGGGCAAGCCGCCGCUCAGCACAGAGGUCUGUUUCCUGCCAUAUUGAAUCUGGCCAGUAAUGCAGUAAUCAGCAGUAAUGCAACAUGUGGAGACCCAGAACCUGAAGUCUACUGCAAGCUGGUGGAGCACGUUCCAGGACGGAGGAUAAAGAACCCACACUGUCUCAAAUGUGAUGCCAACUCCGUUCUGUCCAGAGAACGUCAUCCAAUCACAAAUGCUAUUGAUGGAACCAAUCGGUGGUGGCAAAGUCCAAGUAUCAAGAAUGGACAACAGUUUCACUGGAUUACCAUCACACUGGAUUUGAAACAGGUUUUUCAGAUCGCGUACAUCAUUAUCAAGGCUGCUAAUUCUCCUCGAGCAGGUAAUUGGAUCCUUGAGCGGUCUCUGGAUGGAGUUUCCUUUGAGCCCUGGCAAUUUUAUGCCAUCAGUGACUCUGAGUGUUUAUAUCGCUACAACAUCACACCACGACUGGGACCACCAACCUAUAAGAGGGAUACAGAGGUCAUCUGUACAUCUUAUUAUUCCAGAUUAAACCCACUAGAGCAUGGAGAGAUCCAUACCUCCCUAAUUAAUGGCCGACCUGGAGCCGAUGAUUUAACCUCAGAUCUGCUGAAUUUUACGUCGGCGCGUUACAUCAGACUGAGACUUCAGCGAAUCCGAACACUGAAUGCCGACCUGAUGACCCUGAGUGCUCGCGAUCCUCGAGAUAUUGACCCUAUUGUCACUCGGAGGUAUUAUUAUUCCAUCAAAGACAUCUCUGUGGGUGGGAUGUGUAUCUGCUAUGGACACGCUCAGAGCUGCCCACUUGACCCUGUUAGCAAGGUAACGGCAAACGCCCGAGCAUCUGUAUAUUGGAACAUAUGUAAAGUGUUUCACCAGGUGAAAUGUGUGUGUGUUACCAUCAGCAGCCAUGGCAACCAGGGACCAUCUCCGAUGGAAACACGUGUGAAAAAUGUAACUGUCACAAUAAAGCAGACGACUGUUACUACAAUCAAACCAUCUCUGAACUCUCUUUGA